GCCGUAGCUCCGCCUCUCUUUCGUGCACAUGACAAGCUGAAGUCCGGUAGCUGACUGAUUGACAUUUGUGAAGGGUUUGCGAUGAGUUUAUUAAAAGGAAAGAUCAUUACUGUUGUCGGGAGUGGGCUGAUUGGCCGCUCCUGGGCCAUGGUGUUUUUGAGUGGAGGAUACAUGGUCAAAAUCUAUGACAACAAACCAGGACUAGCAUCAGGGGCCAUCACAGAGAUCAGGAAACAGAUUGAGGAGCUCCAGCAAGCCAAAAUGCUGAGAGGAAAUCUCACGGCUGCAGAGCAGUUGAGUCUACUCAGCAGUCAUGAUGACCUCCAGCAGGCCCUGGAAGGGGCUUUCUUUGUCCAGGAGUGUGUGUUUGAGGACCUGGAAGCAAAGCAGACUGUCUUCCAUGAGGUGGAGGAUCUUGUCACAGAAAGCGUGAUUCUCAGCAGCUCCACUUCCUGCUUGAUGCCAAGCAACGUGUUCUCUCGUGUCCAGAACCGAACUCGCUGCAUCAUUUCUCAUCCGGUAAACCCGCCCUACUAUGUGCGUCUGGUGGAGCUGGUGCCACACCCUGAAACACUGCCUGCUGUAAUGGAUGCUGCUUACUCACUGAUGACGGAUGUCGGGCAAGCACCUGUGCGACUCAGGAAGGAGAUCGAUGGUUUCGCAUUGAACCGUGUUCAGUAUGCCAUCAUAGCCGAGUCAUGGAGGCUGGUUCAGGACGGAGUGAUCUCAGUGAAGGACAUUGAUCUGGUGAUGUCUGAGGGCUUGGGCAUGCGCUACGCUUUUAUAGGUCCCAUUGAAACCAUGCAUCUCAACGCACCAGAAGGUAUGGAAGAUUAUCUCCAGCGCUACAGCGAAGGAAUGAAGAGGGUUCUUAACACUUUUGGACCUGUUCCAGACUUUUCUGGAGAGCCAGCAGCUAGAAUUAUAAAAGAGAUCGGUGAGCUGAUCCCUGCUGAACAGGAGCACCUUACAGCCAGAAGAGAGAGAAGAGAUCAGCUGCUGAUGGGACUUGCUAAACUGAAGGAAUGAAGAUACUACCUAAAUGGAAGUGGUUAUGGAUCAUCUGAGCCAUUGUUGUCCUUGGUGUUAAAAAUUUCCCUUCCAUGCAACAGAAUAUUGACUGAAGAGCACUUUAAUGUGUAAUUCUCAAUCAAAAGGAAAAUAUGGGUAGUUGAAAGUGAAUGGAAUUUUCCUAACUUCCUCAAUGGACAUUGAUUCAUUAAUCUCUUUAUACCUAAGCCAAGCCCAAUGAUUAUGUGUACACUUAACUUGAGAUGUAUGAAUGUCAUAACAUUUCAAACCAAGUGUCAGAUGCAAGUAAAUAAUGCUUUUCUCAGAAC